AUGCCUGUGCCGCCGCCGCCACCACCACCUCCUCCUCCACCGCCUCCACCACCUUCUGGAGGGCCCCCUCCACCACCACCUCUGGCAAGUUCAGAGGUACCAAAAUUGCGAAAGGAAGACCAAAAAGCACGAAGCGCGCUGUUAGCUGAUAUCCAGCAGGGAACUCGCUUAAGAAAAGUGACUCAAAUCAAUGACCGCAGUGCACCACAGAUUGAAAAACCCAAAGGAGCUAACAGAGAUGGAGUUAAUCCAGCCGUUAAUAAAGGCAGCUCUCAGCAGCCUCUGGGAGGUUUAUUUGCUGGUGGCUUUCCUGUUCUCAGACCAGCAGGCCAGAGGGACGUGCCGGCUGGGAGGCCUGGGCAGCUUCCUGGAGUCCGAGCAGCGGCUCCCAAGCCCUCCGCCCCACCGACCAGCAGCGCUGCGAAGGCGAGCAGUACCCCCUCGCAUCCAGCCGAAGGCCCAAGGGCGGCUGUCCCACCAGAGCCCCCCAGCACCUCCCGAGCCGGAGCCGGAGCGGGCCCCGGGCGGCCCAGCCUGCCCGCCCCCCCGCCACCGCCCCCUGCUUCCAGCAAGCCUUCCCUCACUUUCCCUCCUCCUCCCCCUCUCCCCCCUCCAGCCGAGCGCCCUCCCAAGGGGGUGUCCCCCGGCGCCGCUCCUCCGCCCCCGCUCCCUCCUCCUCAGGCUGACAAACCCACCAAGUUUCAAGCAGGCGCUUCACACCCCCCGCCGCCGCCUCCUCUUCCUCCCCUGCCCCUCGUGCCCCCCUGUGGCUUUCCAGGCAGGACAAACGAUUUCUCUGCUGCUGCUUCCUCUCCAUCUGAAGGAAGGGACUGUCCGCCUCCCACGCCGCCCCCGCCACCUCCUCCUCCGCCACACACGCACUCCCUGACCUCAAACAGGCUCUCCUUUCCACCCUCCCCAGCCUUUAGCAGUGGUGACGUGCCCCCUCCACUGCCCCCCAAGUCUCCCCACUUGCUGUCACAGGGCCAUAAGCCAAGCAGCAUCCAGUCGCUGCCGCUUCCUCCCACUCCGCUGCCGCUUUCUCCCACCCCUGGCCUCCCACAGCCCGCAACAGUGGUGGAGACCAGGAAGAAGAGACCCGGCCGAGGCACAGGAGCUGGUGCCGGGAAGCUAGUCGUUCCUCCACAGCCACCAGCGAGAUCACCAACAACUGAACUUACAAGCAAGUCUGGAGUCUCAGCCUGGGCUACAGCUCAUGACCCCUACCCACCACUUAAAAAUGGAAAUAUGCACAUCAUGGAUGACUUUGAAUCUAAAUUUACUUUCCAUUCUGUGGAAGAUUUCCCCCCACCUGAUGAAUUCAAGCCAUUUCAGAAAAUAUAUCCCAGCAAGAUAGCUAGAGAUCCCUCUAAAAAUCCUCCAUUAAGAACACAUGUGAGAUGA